UCAUAUAGACCAUCCAUUACCCAAAAACGUUUACACCUUAUGAAAUGUUACACCGUGAAUGCGUCAGAAUUUCAAUUUUGACCUAUCCAAUGCAACCUUGAGGGGGAUGCAGAUGUGUGAGAUUUCAUGUGUAAACUGGUUGAAUGCACUGUAGCAAAUGAGAUAUUACACUGUUAUUUUGUUUCAUGAAAAAUACCAUGCUAACCUCAGGGUAAGUGUAGAAACAUAUGCAUACAGCCUACCUUUAAAUCUAAUUCAAUAUCCACCACACUGAUUCUGGUUAAACUGAUGUACACUACAUGAACGUUUGCAUUUUCCCACCCCAUCAUUUGCUUCAUAUUGCUGUGUUUCAGCUUCAUGUCCUCUUGUUUUAAGCUCUGUCCCAAACAACACACAGGUUAUUGGCCCAAAAAAUCCAAAGCGACAGACAGGGAGUGAUUGCAGCUGCAUAAAUGCUGCCAUAUAAAUGUUGCUACACACUCCCGAGCACACAGUCGCAGCUGCCUCCGUCCUAACACAGUGGCAGUCUGUGUAAAAGCAGCAGCAGCUUUUCACCGGGCAGAUCUGGUUUUGCGUUUCUGCCUCUCUGGUCAACAGUGAUGCUUUGAUCCCAUCCUGGAAUGCCACCCAGACAGCCGCGAGGACAGCUAAUCACAGAAUGGCCAGCUCCACACCUGAAAGGAACUGUUAGCACACCAUGGCGUUUUGAUUAAAGCUACAAGGAACUUUCAUUUUUGUCUUGAUUCUGGCGGCCCCUGUGGACAAAAGCGGUAGUGUUGCCACCGCCUCGUGUCGUAAAGAUCUUGAUCUGGCCAGCCACGCGACUUAUUUUUUCUUUUUUUAAACAGCUGUUUGCAGGAUGCAUAGGAUGAGUCGCAAUUCCACGACUCUGCGGUGCUGCCUGCUGCACUGAACUCCAGCGAAGGGUCGCCCUCUCUCUCUCUCUCUCCACGUCGAGGAACAGCGGCAGGACGUCAGUCACUCGCGAAGUCAUGACAACCACGUAAACAGCGGCGCGAGUGGCUGCAGUGGCAGGCCGGGCACAGGACAGCAGUGCAUUACCGGAGAACAAGAACAAAGGAACAUGCCUCGCCCCACCAUGGCCAGCAGGAGUCCCACCCUGAGCCGGGAAGCCGUGGAUUCGGCACCGGGGAUCCCUGAGGGCGGCGCUAACCCUCAGCCGGGGCUGGAGGUCUUCUGCAAGCUGUGCCUCAGCGAGCAGCCAUCAGCAGCCACCAGCGAACUGCAGAGCUGCAACUGUGUCUUCUGCACAGCUUGUCUGCAGCAGUAUGUUCAGCUGGCCAUCAUGGAGGGUGGGGGGGCAUCCAUCACCUGCCCAGAUAUGGCCUGCCAAAAGACCGGAGUGCUACUGGACUCUGAGAUAGCUAGCUUGGCCCCAGAAGAUCAGGUGGAGCUGUAUCAGCGUCUGAAGUUUGAGAGAGGAGUGAAGAUGGACCCCAGUAAAGCCUGGUGCCCGGUGCUUGAAUGUCAGGCGGUGUGCAGUGUGCAGCCGAGCACUGAGGGCCAGCCCACCUUUGUGCCCUGCCCGAUCUGUCACACCGUCUUUUGCUCCGGGUGCAGAGGGCCCUGGCAGGACGACCAUACCUGCCCCGAGCGCCAGCUUAUGAUGUCACCCUCACCCUCUCGUGAAAGCAGCGACUCCGACAUGCCCAUCAAGCAGUGUCCUAUGUGUGGUAUCUACAUCGAGCGGAACCAGGGCUGUGCACAGAUGCUGUGCAAGAGCUGCAAACACACCUUCUGCUGGUACUGUCUGCAGAAUUUGGAUGGUGAUAUCUUCCUGAGGCAUUAUGAUAAGGGGCCGUGCAGAAACAAGCUGGGACACUCCAGGGCCUCAGUUAUGUGGAACAGAACGCAGGUGGUGGGUAUCCUGGUGGGGGUCAGCAUCAUCGUGCUGGUGACGUCUCCGCUCCUCCUGCUCGCCUCGCCCUGCAUCCUGUGCUGCGUCUGCAAGCCCUGCAGUGGCAAGAAGAAGAAGAAGAAGAAGAAGAAGAGGAAGAAGGACCUCAGCCAGCCAGACUCCUCCACAUCAUAGCAGCACCCCCUCUCAUCAGCCCAGCCCAGGAUCACUCGGAUAACCUCAUGAAGCCCAUGGAAACCAAGAGAGUGCGAGCGCUGCAUGGUGGAAAACAAUAAACUCGUGGAACAAUGGAGUACUUUUUUUAUGAUUCGACAGACUAGAAGCUUUGUCAAUAGUUCAGUAAAGUCGUCUGGGUCAACAAGUGAAGACUUUCAUCUUAAAGCUCGAUGAGAGAGCUUUAAGAGCUAAAGAGUAUGUACUUUAUAUGGUGGAAGUGUAAAUAUGAGGAGAAUGAAUGUAAGUAACUCAGCUAGUUGUUUUCAGAUGCACAACAUGUAGGAAGGAGAAGGCAGCGGCUGUAAGACAUUUCCUGGACAAGGCUUUUGUUAUCGCCGACCUAUCUCUCUCUCUCUCUCUCUCUCUCACUGUACACACACUCACACACACGCGUGCGCGCAGUUCAAAGUGCAAUGCCACCCCCAUGUGCCAAACGUCAUGAUGCCAAACCAGAGGUGUUAGGUGCUCAAGUGCCUCACUCUACAGUGCCUGGUGCUUGGUAGUAUUUGUUUUGCCUUCCAUUCUAUCUUUAUCUUAUGCAAAAAUUUUAAAUAAACAAUGCAAAACAUUCUUUCAUAAUGGGAGAAGGCAAACGGCAUCAUGUGUGCACUGUAUAUUCUGUACUGAUAUAAAAUAUGAUAGGGCUUCAAAGGUGCACAGAGAACUUUUCUUCUGCAAAUGUUUGUUGUUUCCUCCUGGCAUAUGUUCCAGACCAAAGGCUCUAAAGGAUAAUGUGUACUUUUCUAAAGUGUGUUAAUGUGUAUUUAUGGGUUAUGUGUGUAUGGUAUCCUGUUAUCAUUUCUACGUUUCUGUUGAUGUUUCUGCAUCAGAUAUUUUAUAAAAGCGGCAUUGUAAUUAUAAUAAACAUGCAUCAGAUGGUA